AUGGAGUUUGGCAAAGUGCUGGAAGACAGCACCUUUCUGCAAUGUAUGGGAAUUUUUUCCCAUAUAACGGUGCGAGUUCUCCACAACGGUUUACCGCCUCACAGUGAUCUGGAGGUGACACUGGGCGUCGAACUGCGAUGCACAGCGGAGGUUCGUCCUCCGGCAGGGUCUCCCAAGCUGAGAAGGAGUUCGACACAUCAGACAUUCCGACUUCUCGUAAUCGGAAGCCUAGCUAAGAGUAAACCACUGCUAAGAUUCACCACCGUCUUGGCAAAAUGUCGCAAGGUGGUUCCCUGA